AAUUGACAUUACUCGAUAAUUAAUUGACAUCUAUUUUUCAAUUUUAUCGGAUAUUAUUAGCCUUUAUUACAGAAAUUCAAUAGCCAAAUACAAAGAAAGGAAAAAAAAUUAUGGAAAGAAAAAUGGCAAAUAAUUUUUUAUGUUUAGUUAUUUUAAGCGGACUGUUUGGAACACGAUCUGAAUUUACAGAAUCCGACGUGAUGAACGGAACAUUUACAAAUUCGUCCUCCCUGGAAUCACAAGAUGAAGUGAGUUCCAUCUUACCACUCGAAACGGUAUCUAACACCUCAAUCGAUGCUGUUGCGGAAUAUUCUGAAGCAGAUGGUAUACAUUUUCAAAAACAAGAAGUAAAUUCCGAAUCCGAUAUAAAUUUUGACGAAACAAAUAAGUCAGGAUCGAAUACUGACACUGACUUCAGUGGCAAUGAGCCAUUAUUAGCAAAUCCAUCAGACGAAGUCAACCAAAUGACUAUCAAUAUGGAGACAAUUAAUGGAAGUGCAUUACAAUCAAAUACUCAAACAAUUCCAAAUUUGAUUAAUGAUGUUGAUGAAAUUUCUGAUAAUAAGAAUAAAACUCGCAGUACAAAUAAAUAUUCGAUUAAACAAGAAGGAAUGAAAUUACAAAAGGCAGCUCCAAAAGAAAACCAUGCAAAAUCGUACAGAGUCUUAAAUUAUUCAAAUGGAAUAUUAUUAUUGAUAAUUGGUUGCUUAUAUUUAUUUAGUGUCGUGUAAUUUUAUGAUAGAAAAGU